AUGAGCAGUGAUUUGCCCGUUCCUGCAGCUGUGCAAUUGUGCUUUGAGAACCUGAAGGGCUCUCGUGUGAAAACUCCCUAUUCACCAGACCCCAGCCUGAUUCUGUAUAUGGUGCUGGGCUCUGGAGCUGCCCUGACUGUAUCUGGAAACCUCUUGGUGAUGAUUUCAAUUCUUCAUUUCACGCAGCUGCACUCCCCAGCCAAUUUUCUCAUCGCCUCUCUGGCCUGCGCUGACUUUCUGGUGGGCUUGACCGUGAUGCCGUUCAGCACAGUGAAUCUGGAGAGCUGCCAGUACUUUGGGCAGAGUUACUGUAAAUUUCACUCUUGUUUCGAAGGGUCAUUUUGCUAUGCUUCUAUCUACCACUUGUGUUUUAUUUCUGUCAAUAGAUACAUUGCUGUCAUUGACCCUCUGGUCUAUCCAACCAGGUUCACUGCAUCUGUUUCUGGCAUCUGUAUUGCCUUCACCUGGUUCUUUUCAAUUAUUUAUAGUUGUUCACUUCUUGGCUCAGGUGCAAAUGAAGCUGGGCUAGAGGAUCUAUUAAGUGCUCACUGUGUGGGAGGCUGUCAAAUUGCAGUGAAUCAGAGUUGGGUAUUGGUAAAUUUCCUUUUGUUUUCAAUACCCACGCUUGUGAUGAUAACUCUUUACUCCAAGAUUUUCCUCAUUGCUAAGCAACAGGCUAGGAACAGUGAAAGCAUGAGCAAUCAGACUGCAAGAUCAUCAGAAAGCUACAAAGACAGGGUGGCCAAGCGGGAGAGAAAAACCGCAAAAACCCUGGAAAUUGCGGUGAUAGCCUUUUUGCUUUCAUGGUUGCCAUACUUCACUGAUACUAUAAUUGAUGCUUUCUUAGGUUUCAUUACACCCACAUAUAUUUAUGAAAUCCUGGUUUGGAUUGCUUACUAUAACUCAACAAUGAACCCCUUGAUUUAUGCUUUCUUCCAUCCUUAGUUUCAAAAAGCCAUCAAACUAAUUGUCAUUGGCACAAUCUUGAGAGAGAAUUCCUCAACAGUGAAUUUAUUUGCUGAAUGGUUUCUGGUUUUAGAUUGGGAAGACUAA